AUGGGACUUGUUGAAGAACGCAAGCGCGCGAUAUGGGAGGCAUCAAUAUCGCGCCGCGAGGCGUUGCUGCAACGCGAACGCGAUCGGACGGAGCGGCUGGAGCGGCAGCGAGCCGCUCGCUCCGCUCCCCGGCCGGCCUUCGCAUUCGGCUCGUCCACACCUCGAUUGCUGGAGCCAGUAGACUCAGCUGGAUUCUUCUGGGCCGCGCGCAGUACCAACCCCAUAGAUCAGAUGAACUUUUUUGAAUCACUGGCGGCAUCAACAACAAAUGUGAUGUUCGCGUCUGCGCCGCUCACGAGACGCGCUUCCGCGUUGCAAUUAGAUACUUCAGACACUGACAAUAAAGAUGAGCCCGAGCGCAGUCCAGCGCCAGUGAUGUGGUCGUCGGUGGCGCGGCGGCGCACGGACCUGGUGCCGACGGUGCCCGCGCCGCGAGCGCCAGGUAGGGCCUACUCGAUGACGCGGCUCGACCGACUCCCCUCCAGCCGACCGCUGCACUCCGCCUCGCCAUCCAUGCAUCACCUCAACAGGGCUCAGCCGCGGUCUGGUGACACGACACCCGGGUCGAGGCCGGGGAGUGCACUCUCCAACGCGACCGCAGUACUUCGCCGUCCUCACUCCGCGCCACGGAAACCACGCCCCGCAUCCAUUGCAGGCACUGGAGUUAAUACGCCUAAAGGCGGUGUGGGCUCGUGUCCGGGCGGCAGCGCGGCGACGACGCCGAGCGUGUCCCGCGACGGCAGCGUGCUGGCCGCCGCCGACGUGCCGCCCGCCGACGUGCCGCGCCGCGCCGCGCCCGCGCGACGACCGCGCCCCGCCUCGCUGCAUGCCAACAUGCAUAAGACAACUCCGCCGGUGACGCCGGGUGAGGGCAAGCCACCAGUACACAGAAAGCCAAAGCCAUCCAAAGAACACGAUAAGGGCGGGCGCGGCAAGUCCCUGUCGGCGUCCCCGGGCCGCACGCUGUCCCCUUCCCCCGCGCACUCCAAGGACGCCAGCGUCGACAAGGAGAUCAAUAAGACGACGUCGGAGGCGCGGCAGGUGGACGCGGCGGAGGUCAGCACCAAGCUGGAGGCGCUACAGGGACACAACGGACACGUACCGCACGAGAAGGUAAACGAAAUCAAAGAAACAGUAGAAGUUAAGGAAGAAACGAAAAUCGAGCAAGUAACGGAGGUAACGAAACACGAAGAGAGAGCGAGCGAGAGGUCCGAGCAGAGAGACAAGGAGGAGAAGAAGGAACCCUCCGUCGACAAGACUGAAGAUAAUGAAAUGACCGCGUCGAUGACGGCGCGGCGUAUAACGACGGAGGAGGAGGCGAAGGCCGCGCUCGCUGAGAGACGACGACGCGCCAGGGAGGAACUCGAGAGACAGGCCGAGCUCGAGAGGCAGAGACUGCAACGCGAAGCCGAAGAAGAAGCAGAGCGGCAACGUCAGGAGGAGGAACGGCAACGUCGCGAGGAGGAGGAGGCGAGGGAACUGGCGCAACUACAGAGGCAGAUGAAUGAAGAGAAACUUAGGAAGGCUAUCGAGGCACAACAACAGCUCGAACGCGAAGAAGCUGAACGCAAAGCUCGCGAGGAAGCUGAGAGACAAGCGAGGCUUAAAGAGGACGAGGAGAAACGUAAGGCCGCCGAGGAGGCUGAGAAACUGCGCAGGGAGGAGGCAGAGAGGGAGGAGAAGGAACGACUCGCCAGGAAACAACGGGUCGAGGCCAUCAUGGCCAGGACUCGGCUCAGGAAGCAAGCAGAAGAAGAUAAGAACAAGCAAUCAGCCCCUGCAGAGCCCAGUGCCCCCGCGGCCCCUGCGGCCCCCGCGGCCCCUGCAGCCCCCGCGGCCCCCGCGGCUCCCGUGGCCCCCGCGAACUCCGUAGCCCCCGCGGCCCCUGCACUAGUAGAAGUAGAGGCGGCGGCCCCUGAACCUGUGUCGGCCCCUGCAUCUGAUAAUGGAAACGUCAGCGCCACCGCCGACCUGCUCGGACUAGACUUCGCACAGUCCCAAGAGAACAAGUCCGUGGAAGUAGGCAGCGGGGAGCCGGCCCCCGCCCCCGCCGCGCCCAACAACGGGAACGUCACUGCCGACCUACUGGGACUGUCCGACCAACGACCUACUGAGGACAAAACCGCAGAGCAGACGACGGCAAUGAAACUCCCAACAAACGACAACGCACCAAUGACCAACUCGCCAGUCGAGGCCAACAACGGCAACGUGCCGGCCAACAUUGGCCACAUCUCCGCCAACUUCCUCCAGUCGGAGCGCCAGGCGGCCGACGUCCCCCGCCUGGACGACGUCACCCGCCUGGAUGACGUCACCCGCCUGGACGACGACUUCACCACGCACAACGGCCACGGCGCUCACGCCCACCCGCUGACGCUGCAGAAUGCGAUCUAAUCGUCUAUAGCUAAGGUUGGUUAUUGAAUGCAGUCGGUUUUCAUUGCGUAUAUAUUGGCUGAUAGUCGUGGGUUGUGAUAGUGGCAUGCUAUUAUUGAUAGUGGAGGUAGGUAGGUAUUUAUAUUGACUCUUCUUUGACUGCCAAGUGAAUCCAAAGAAUUUUCCUACACAGAGAUGUUUAAACGUCUUUUUGAAACUCCUUGGUGGUCAAAUAAUACAUGGAUAAGACUUUAGAGGGCAGCACAAGCUUGUCUCGUUUGUUUGUGUGUAACGGUGCUUUGAUUUUUGUUCACACAUUGUUACUAUCUCAAAAACUAUUCUCAAAAAAUGUUUAUUUUUUUGUUAUUCAUCGUUGGUGCUAGGUAAUGUUUUUAGAUAGAAAUGUAAUAGUAACAAAUUAUUAAACUAGACAAAGUGACCGGUUUAGAAGACGCUAGCUGAAAUAGUCUAUCUGUGUUAGCAUUUUAUACAUCCAGAUAUUCUAUAGAAAUAUACAUACAUACAUAACUUCACGCCUGUCUCCCCUGAAAUUAGGCAGAGACUAUGGAAAUAUCUUUAAAAAUACAAGGAUUUUCAUUACAAAAUUAACAAUAGAGAGAGAAUUUAAAAAAUUGUUCUACAAAGACUCCAUUCGAGUCCGAAACUAGUCGAGCUACCUCGAAACUUCAUUUUUUACAAGGGUAAUGUUUACCCUACAUCAAAGGGUAACUAGGGUAAAAUCCAGUAGAAUGGGCGAUCUCUUCAAGCCAAUAUGUAUGCGUGAAAACGUGGUUCAUAUAUCUGUCACUCUACUGAACACUAUAAACUAAAAUAUUUACUGAAACUAUUUAUUUCCAUUUAAAACGCUUUCCUUAACUACAUACAACUCUUGUGGUCAUUUUCACCAACCAUCUCCUAACUAAGUGUUAUUUAGAUUGAGGGAGCACCUAAGCUAACUUACUUGUACAGUUAGGUGUCAUUUAUAUGUAGGUGAAAACCAAAAUGUAAUUAAGUGCCACCUAUCUUAGCUUAGGGGUUUCUUAAAGUGUAGGAUAAGUUGGUGAAAAAGACAUUAAUUACUUAAACACAACUUGGAAUUGAAAACUUAAAAAAGGCAAUAUAAUAUUUGUUUGACAGUUCGUAAACAGUUUUGAUAGUGAUAUAAGACUGACGCGAUUAUUUUCGCUAGUGGCUCCAUCUACACAUUGCGAUUAUUGGCUGUUUCUUUAAAAUAGUGUAAUAAUGCGUUAAAUCGCAGUCCGAUUAUUCUUAUGUAAUGAGUCCGUCACAUUUUAAUGUAGAAUUUUAAUAAAGUAACCAGUUCUUUUGUCCAGUGAUAGGUAAUAAAUAAGAAUCCAUAAACGAACAAUAAAAUGUUUUGUCUCUUUCAUUCUAAAGCUAUUAGCUAUUAGAAUGAGCAAGAUAGAAGAUUCUAUAGUAAAAGGGUUUGAUAUAAAAGUUGUGUUUAAGUAAAAAAAAAUGCUAUUUAUUUCCACAGAGUGACAGAUAUAGAAGAAGGCACUAAAUUAUUAUAAUAUUAUUAUAUCAUAAAUUAAUGCAUUUAUUAUAAGUUAUCGCAAUCAACUUGGUUUUACUUAUUAACUGCUAAAGUCAAAAUGUAAGCUUAUUCAUGUACAAUCGAGUUUUGAAAGUAGUAGAAGCGAUAAAUGAAAAUUCUGACUUAUGUUCAAAGAAGUAAGGUCAAUUAUACAAUAUAAUGUACUGAUAAAGACAUACUUUUAUUGAUAUAUUUCUUAGAUUUUUUAUAAAGAAAAUUCUGAUUCAUUUUCAAUGAAAUAAAGUCUAAAAUCACAUGCCAAUUAUUAUAGUGCAAUUUAUGUUUUGUUUUUUCACUUCUACUGCAUUUCAAAACUCUGAUUGGCUCAUAGUUUUACAUGAAAACUAAAUAAUCUGUUAUAAUUAUCCAAGCCGAUAGUCCCGACCAAAUGAAGUUGCUAAAUCAUGAAUUACUUUGAUCGAUUUUCAACUGUAAUCUUUUGUAAUAGAGUUGAAAUACUUAUUCUAGAAUUUUUCGACUUAGCGACCGCUUGUUGUCAAAAUUUUCUGGUUCAAAUAGUUUCUAAAUUCAAAACCCAUACACAUUGUUCAUAAUUAUAAAACUUGUAGUCGAAUCGAUUGCAAUACAAUAUUCUUUAGACAACCAAUAUUUAGAAUUAAGAAUUAAAAAAUUAAAACAAUGUGUGAUUUUAUUAAAUGAAGUUAAAUGCCAGGCCGCUAGAUUUUUGUUUUCUAUUACUAUAAUUUUGAUACUUAAACCACUCUUUAAGGCAAUUUUGAAAAACAACCUCAUGUCUUUAGAGACAAAGACUAGAAUUGCCUGUGUCUAAAUUAUUUUAUGAGUGGUUUGGGGAAAAUCGUAAAUACAGAAUAUAUUUUGUAAUACAGAACAAGCAUAAUAUUUAUUCAAUGCUAAACGUUAGUAAGUAAAAAAUAUAUUUAAAAAACUAAGACCUUUUUGGACGGAUUUGUUUUUUUCUUUGAAGUUCUUUAUUUGAAAUUUCGUCUCGUCAUUGGUGUUGUGUGAUACGUUCGAAAUAAGUUCUAUUUUUAAUUUGUAAUAUAAUUUUUAAUUCGCUUACUAGUAGUAAUUGUGCAAUUAAAAACGCGCUGGCAAAUAGUGAAAGAAUGAAAUGAAGGGAAAAUAAUAACAAAUAUUAACUAAAAACGAAAAAAUUCGAGCAUUUAAUAGGAGUUUACGUCAUCAAUUUUACUAAAAGACAAGUAAUUGAGCUGAAUAGCUCUUACUAAUAAAAAACUAAACAUCAUUUUGUUAGACUAUUUAUAAGCCUUAACAACGAUUGGCUACAUUAUCAUAAUAAAGACCAAACCAAACCACACACAUUUGGUUUAAAGUAAAUACUAUAAAAUAUCCAAGGCAAAUGAAAUGCCGUAUUUGCGACGCCAACUGCAAAAUACAUCAAACUUAAAGUUUGUCAAUCGACAUGUCUCCGUAUUCAGUAAUAUAAUAAAGAUAUAUUUUACCUAAGUAAAAAGUGUAUAGUUUCAUAUAAGUCAAACUGAAGCUUCAUAAAUACACGCACAUGGAUUCUUGAAUACGGAUUGAUAGUGUCGAAACGGACCUAGGACGCUAUAAUUUGUUUUCUAAAUAAAUAUAAAGAGAAACAAUAAAAUGUAACAGUAUAUAUAUUUGGGGUUGAUGAAGUUAUGCUUAAUAAAGUUACGAUAAUGUAAUUUAAGUUAUUUAACAAGUUGUGUAUACAAAUUUUUGUAUGAUAGGUAGAUAGCAUUCAAUGUUAUUCGGCUUUUUAAAGGAUGUUGAAAUAAAACCUACUUAUCUGAUGCCGUUUCGGUUGAUGAACGAGGUUACAAUGGGUUGCAUUAAUAUUAUUUUCAACUGAACUAAGAUUCUAACAGUUUAAUAGUUAUUGUAUAAAUUAAUUAUUAUGUCUCAAGUUAUAGUUAUGUUUUCAUAUAAAAGUGUUGCUAACUAUUAUUAAUGUGUUAAGAUUUUUAAACUUAUUAGCGUUUCAGUUCUUUCCCUGUUUUUUUUUUAUGAGUUUUCUAUGAAAAUGUAACUAGGACUGGUUGACCCGGGAGGUGGCUCCCUCUAACUGUAUAUUAUUCCAUAAUAUUUUCUUUCACAUAAUAAUAAUAGUAGUUUUUUCCAAUUUAACCUCUGUUGUGUGUUGAAUACAUUGUUUUGUGCGUUUAGCGAAGUUAGAUAAAGGUUAGUUAUUGAAAAUGUUUACGGGGUAAUCUUGUUUUAGGGUAAAAGUGGCACUCUUACCCUUCUCUUAUGAAAAGAGAUACCCUACAUUGUACGUCGUUUGUGUAUGCGAGAUAUAUAUCCCAGUGUACUCAACACACCACAGAGGUACAUUCACAACAGCUGUCACGCAACUGUCACUUUGACACAUGUUUGACAGCUGUCGUUAGUGUCAAAUUUAACAAAUUUAUCAUACGAUUUUUGCUUGUAGGUAACAUUUGUACGAUUUGUGUUUUAUUUUGCUUAUACAUCCACUUUUAAUCGUUCAAAUUAUAUAAAAAAUCAUGUAGAUGUGUCACGGCCUUAAUAUUAUUAUACAAAUGUGUUUAGGACGGUGACGCUCGUCGGUUACAUGGGUUUAUGCUGAUUUCUUCUGAAAUGUGUUGCAUCUAUUUUCAGAUAAACUUACUGCAUUCGAAAGUAUCUUACGGCGGGCAAACUGUUCUGGGAAGAGCUUGAACAAACAUUGACAUUACUUACUGAAUAAUUUGAUAGUGUUAAAAAACCUUCAUAGAUUAUAAUCUUGCCAACUUGUUAUCAAUGAAAUUGGAACUGAAAUUAUAAACUGUCGCAUUAUUCAGUAGGAAUGUUUUACAAUGUGUUUUCAAGUAUUUCCAAUGUAUAAUUUGUAAUAUUUUAUUAAAUUAACCAGUGUGACAGGUCGCCUUCGAUACCAAGUCGACCCUCAUGUUCCAUACAUAGUCUGAAUGUUAUAAUUAUAAGUUUAAAUGAGUUGACGAACGCCACAAGUUGCGUAUAAAAUAUACACUAUAGGUACAGUGAACGCGACAAGAAUACCAAAAUAAGCUAGUCGAAAAAUAUUAUGUAAUUAUUGAAGAGAUUGUGCUAUUUAAUGUAAAAUUUUCAAAUUCAAACAAAAUGUCGGGUAAGUAAUAGUAGCAUUAGUGAAACAAGUAUGGCGGCCUGUCACACUGCACUCGCGCAUGUAUGUGUGUGUGCGUGUGUAUGUUGUACGUGUGUGUGUGAGGUCCAUUCAUCGGUACGGUUAGUAGUCGUUGAUGGUAUGUGUUUGUUAUCAUACAUAGAUGGGCAAGGCUUCGUGCGUUAUGUAAUUACUGUAUUACGUUUAUAAACAUCAUGGAUUUAUUAAAUGAAACAAUUUUAAUACGAAAAUAAAUACAAAGAAGUUA